GCAGCUAGGUGAAAUAGGACAGGAUGGCGACGUAAUUUUUUUCUUAGAUAACUGUACAUCCUUCUUUCACUUUCAGCCAACACUAACUGUAGCCCUUUUGAAAGGGAGGAAAACUCAAAUCACCUGUAGUGUGCUGGAAGAAAUAUUAUCUGCACAUAUAAUAAUCAUGGCCUCUGCUUUCUUUAUUACGUUUAAAAGCAAAGGCAUAGUUGUAAAUGGAGAUCAUUAGGCUGGUGGUUUGUCUUCCGUUCAGUUAGAUCAGUUGACUUGUAUUAGUGGUAGAAAAACAAAUUAUUGGCAUGUUAUUUCAGCACAUGUUCUGUAAGAAUAGGUCACAAACAGUAUUUUUUUUCUUUGAAAAUAAUUUUUAAAUUUCUGAAAACUUAUAUCAACGGUGUGGAGGAAUUCAACUGAAAACUGCUUUUUAUGAACCAUAACUUAAAAGGGUCAAGAUGGAUAGCACAGAUGAACCUCAGAAAAAAGUCUUUAAAGCACGAAAAACAAUGAGAGUAAGUGAUCGACAACAACUUGAAGCUGUCUAUAAGGUUAAAGAGGAGCUGUUGAAGACAACUGAAGUGAAACUGUUAAAUGGAAAACAUGAGAAUGGAGAUUCUGAUUUAAAUUCCCCUUUAAGCAAUUCAGACUGUAUGGAGGACAAGAAGGAAGUUAAUGGCAUAGUUGACUUGUGUGUUAACUCUGAAGAAGAAAGAACAGCUUCUGAUGAAAUUAGUGAGGCCAAAAGCCCUGAAAGUAGGACAGGAAACAUAGUCAGUGACAUAGAAUCCAAACCUCUAACGCUGUCUCCAGAAAAUACUACUCCUGAGCAAGAUAAAGAUACUGUUACUGCAGUAGCUUGUGAGGCAGAAAAUGGAGUGCUUGGUAGCAAUAAAGACAAUUUCCAUGAACAAAAUAAUACAAAAGAUCAUUUGGACCAAAGAAAGAGUGACGUCCCAUUGGAAGCUGAAAGUAAAUCAGUCGAUGAUAUUACUGACUCUUCUGAAGAAAAGGGAGAAACAAAUAAUAUAACUGUUAAUUCCAGUUCACCUAGUGGGGAAAAGAGGACUGAAGUAGUUACUGUUGAAGAGGCUGUUGGAGAAGCAGCCAUCUCUAGCAGUAUGGAAGCUGACCAGGAAAAACAAGAGGGCAGUGCAGGUCUUUCAGAAACCGCUGUUCCGAAGACAUUAGAUGAGCCAAGUCAAAGUAUCUUGGACAAUACUGACUCUAUGGAAACAGAUGAAAUUAUUCCAAUUUUGGAAAAACUAGCCCCUGUUGAAGAUGAUCUGAGCUGUUUUUCUAAAAGUUCUCUGCUUCCAGUGGAUGACACAGCCCCAGAUUUAGAAGAGAAAAUAGACAACUGUUUGGGUUCACCAUCCAAGCAGGAAAGCAAUGAAAGUCUGCCAAAAGAGGCUUUCUUAGUAUUGUCUGAUGAAGAGGAUCCCUGUGAUGAGAAAGAGGAACGGGUUGAAGGGCUAGUAUCAAACAAGUCAAGUCUUCCAGAAGAAGUGAAGGAGGAGAGAAGAAAUGAGAGUGAGGAGAAUAAAGAAGGAGAAGAGGCCCACAAAGAAGAGAAACAAACAGAGAAAAGUGAAGCAUUAAAGAGAAAGCGUUGCAAAUCUGAGGACAUGGAUGAUGUUCAUUUUAAACAUCGUCGGUACAUGGAAGAAGAUUAUGAGGCAGAACUCCAAGUAAAAAUUACAGCCAGAAAGGAUGUUGACCAAAAAUUACAAAAGGUUAUCCAGAAACUGUUAGAAGAAAAACUUAGCACUUUACAGUGUGUGAUAUUUGACAAGACUCUGGCAGACUUGAAAACCCGAAUAGAGAAAGCUGAAUGUACCAAGAGGCAUAAAACUGCAUUUACUGAACUGCAGGCUAAAAUUGCUAGAUUGACAAAGCGGUUUGGAGCAGCCAAGGAGGACUGGAAGAAGAGACAGGAAAAUUCAGCAAAUGCACCUGCAUCUCCAGGGAAAGCAGCAACUGACACUGCAAAUACAAACAAUGCCACGUAUCGAAAUGCUGGCACAGUGAGGCAGAUGCUUGAGUCAAAGAGGAACGUAGGAGAGAGCACACCAGCAACUUUUCAAGCACCUGUGAGUGCAGUGCCAGCUUCCAGUCUUGCUCCUUAUCCAGCAGUUGUCAGUGGACAUCCUAAACUUCAAACUCCAGUGACCUCUACCAGCUCUUUGACGACAGCAGUUCUUCCCACAGCUAACACAGCUACGGUUGUAGGCACUAACCAGGUGCCCGCUGGAAGCACUCAAUCAGUGGCUGUCUCAUUGCAGUCUUUGCCCGUAAUCUUGCAUGUCCCUGUUGCAGUGUCAUCCCAGCCUCCACUUCUGCAAGGCCACACAGGGACUUUGGUCUCUAACCAGCAGUCAGGCAAUGUUGAAUUUAUAUCUGUACAAAACUCAUCUACAGUUGGUAGCCUUACCAAAACUACAGUGUCUUUGGCAUCAACUAACACAACUAAACCAAAUAGCAUUCCACCUGUGCCCAGUCCUGGUAUUCAAAGGAACUCUACAGCCAGUGCUGGGUCAAUAGGCACAACGUUGGCAGUACAGGCUGUUUCUACUGCACAUCCUGUUGCCCAGACCACAAGGACUUCUUUGCCCACAGUGGGUACUUCAGGACUUUAUACUGCUACCAGCAGUCGAGCGCCCCUACAGAUGAAGAUUCCUGUCUCUGCAUUUAAUAAUACAGCACCUACUGAACCACCCACCGUUGUAGCACCCAAGAUUGACAGCCAGACAAGCAGGCCACCAACAGAUACUUCGGCAAACAAGCGAACUGCUGAGGGAACAACACAGCAGUUGAAACAGGAAGAGACUUCAUCAGAAAAUAAAGAAGCAGUAGAAGCAGCACAGACGAAUUUUAACUUCCCUGAGGAUGUCCUCUUUGGCUUGGAGGAAGAGGAAGAGGAUGCUAAGAGCAUCAAAAACACCCACAAGCAGACUGGCUGGGCAGCUAACCUAUUAAAACAGUGGCUGGCCAAAAAUGGCAAGGAUCCUAGCUUUGAAUUGGUCCCAAGCGGGAAGGUCACAGGAAGUGAAUCAGGAGGUGUCAUUGAUCUUACACUGGAUGAAGAGGAUGAUAACUCUUCUCCAGCAGAUGGCAAGAAGCAGAAGCAGAACCAGACACCAGUUACAGGACUGAGCGUACCCACGCAGCCCUUGGCUCGACCCUUGCAGCCCAAUUUGCCGCCUUUGCAACCAAACCCUGUGCAGCAGACAGGUGUGCCGACCAGUGGGCCUUCCCAGACCGCUAUACAUGUAUUACCUACAGCUCCGACAACAGUGAAUGUAACUCAUCGGCCAGUGACUCAAACUGCUCCAAAGCUUCCUAUACCAAGAACCCCUGCUAACCAUCAGGUGGUCUAUACCACUAUUCCUGCACCACCAGCUCAGAAUCCCGUAAGAGGAGCUGUCAUGACAAAUCCAGGUUUAAGGCCAGUCAACCCGCAGGCUGGAGGUAUGGCAGUGCGAAUGCCUCAGACAACCUAUGUCGUGAACAACGGGCUGACUCUCGGGUCUGGAGCACCUCAGCUGACAGUGCAUCAUCGACCGCCGCAAGCGCAUGCUGAGCCACCACGCCCUGUACAUCCUGCCCCACUUCCAGAGGCACCACAGCCACCACGUCUGCCCCCUGAAGCUGCCAGCACUUCUCCGCCUCAAAAGCCACAGCUGAAGCUGGCACGGGUACAGAGCCAGAAUGGAAUUGUGCUGUCAUGGAGUGUCAUGGAGGUGGACCGGAGCUGUGCCAAUGUGGACAGUUACCAUCUCUACGCCUACCACGAGGACCCAAGUGCCACUAUGCCCUCCCAGUGGAAGAAGAUCGGGGAAGUGAAGGCCCUCCCUCUCCCUAUGGCAUGCACUCUUACACAGUUCGUGUCUGGCAGCAAAUACUACUUUGCAGUCCGGGCUAAGGACAUCUAUGGACGCUUUGGACCGUUCUGUGACCCCCAGUCCACAGAUGUGAUCUCUUCUCAGAGCAGUUAAACGGAGAUCUUUGGAGCCUUUAAACCUGCCCUGGUACCAAGAAUUACCCCAGUUUUGGGGGGAGUUGAUCCCAUGCAUGUAAUUCACUUUUAAAUCCACUCUCUGCAGAAUUAUUUUAGACAGUUGUGUGAUACACUACAUGCAUUCAGAACCAAAAGAAAAAUAAAGUGUCACCUGCAGCAAGAGAUCCUGUUUUUUCUGAAUAGUUCAUGUCAUGGGCCAUUUGAAACUUUCAUUUUCGCUUCCAUGACAGCUGUUCCAUAUAGAUACCUACGUACCCUUUAUCCAAGGGCAUCCUGAAUGCCUGGGAUUCUGCUUCUGAGUGGGAACAAAAUAGUAAAUUACAGUUUGUCUGAAGCAAAACACACACAUUUGUACUGGAAGAUUGAGUGGUCUGGUCUUACUUUACAAACUGGAAUGAACUCUCUGAGAGGAGGGAAGGGAACUUCUAGUCUGACCAGGAACCCAUAUGUAUGUAAAUUUGGAGGUGGUGGGGGGAAAAAAAAAAUCACCCCACAACCUCCUACCUCUUAUAAAUAAGAACGCUCCUCUACUUUCACCAUCCUCCCCCACUUGCCCUGGGAGCAUUCCCAGGUCAUAUCUGACAGUGAAUUGUAGAGCUGCAUUCACACCUCUCUAGUUCAGACAGUUUCUCUGCCCCUCCCCUCAUACAUCUAGCCCUAUUUUUUAGAUUUAUUUUGUGCCUUAAAGAAUAAUUUCAAAAAUAAAAUGUAGCCAGAUACCUUGUGGUGUUCUUUUAUUUGCUUGGAGUUAUUUUUCCCUUUAUCCUUCUAGUCUUUCACUAGUGCUCUUCAUUUUCCAGGCCUGCAGUAAUUAUUAUUUCUGUUAAGACCAGGAAGUGUAACAUCUGCUGAUGCUGAACUCGUUUUUAUCUGCAUUCUAUCUGAGUAUCACUCAACCCUUUCCUCACUGUAAUUCUUGAGCAGUUGUUUUUGUCCUGUCAAGAAUAUUACAGUAUACAGACAGUAUUUUCCACCCGAGCCUUUCCCUGUUCUUUUGGGAAAGCUGUAUGCUGCAAUUCAGCCAAAGAAGAAACCUCUGUGGUGUGGCACUAUGAAAGCUUCUGCCUGUUGGCACUCAGUUUGGAUGUUCAGUGAGUACGGAAAGAGAAGUUGGCUUCCCAGUUGUCUUCUCUCUCUCAGCACCUGCCUGCCUCUGCAGAAAGCCAACACAGCCAAAGGAGUUUAGAAACUAUUUUAGACACUGGCCUAAACCUUGUGAGUAAUUGCAAAUGUUAGUAGAUGCUUUCAUGAUGCUUCUGAGCUGAGAAAAGAAAAUUGGUGCAUCUGCCCCGCUGUCGUUGACAUGUUAAACUUGCUGUUUGCAGAGCCAAGUUGUAACUCACCUGGACAAGAAAGUGUAUGUAAGGUUUUGAUUUUGGCAAUUUUCAGUUGCAUUCCUGCCCAACAAAACCAAACAGUGGGUUUAGAGGGGAAAGAUUCUUUUUUUUUAAUCCAUCGUAUAGCAAAGGUGCAGAAUAUAAUAUUUUUUCAUUUUGAUGCCCUUUUUCUUGCCACCAACAUUUUGAAGUGUAAAGCAACGUUGAAAAAGUGUCAGAAAAAUUAAAUCCCAAAACAGGACUGGUGAAAUAUACUAUGAGAUUAUGGGUUCUUUAGUUAUGUUCCUUUUGAGAACUUUUAACACUGAAAGAAAUGUCAUUGUAUACUUUCGUCUGGUUUACUGCUUUCCAUGUAGCUGGGAUUGUCACUUUGUCAAGUAAGCAACAGCUAUUCUCGGUAUGGAAACUUGCAUUUAAAGUAUAGCAGUUCUGUUGAUUUGGGCAACCAAAAAUUCUGCUAAAUCCAAGUAUCAUCAGAGAAGGUUCACACCAGCUCUCAUGUAGGAACAAUUUUAUCUGAACUACAGCUCUCCCUGUAUUUCUGGUGCCAAUAAUCAAAAAUGCCUUGAAUUUUUCUAUGUUUAAUUAAUUUUUUGUCUGCCUAUUUCAAGGAAUAAUUACUUAAUAAUGCAUUUAGUCUAUUUAGUCUAAAGUGGGGUUCUUAUAAAGCCAGUUCUGUAGUAGAGGGUUAGAGCAGUUCUUUCCAGUUGAUGGCUGUCAAGUCCUGCUUGGGCAAUUUUUUUUUUAAUGUGUCUUUUGAGGUUGUACCAAAGAGCCCUUGGCCAUAUCAGUACAAUGAAGUUUUACAGUUUUAAAAUUAGACUACAGCCUGGAAUUUAUGCACUUAUUUGUGAUUCCAGCCCAAACAAUAAAUGAGCUUUUCUAUAGUUUGUGCUUGCAUUUAGAUCUUGGUUUUAGGUUUGUCUUGUUUGGGAAAGGCAGGGGGUGCGGGCCCUGCGUUAGAAUUUUUUCUUUCCUUCAGUGAGGUAUUAUUAGGGAUGGUCUGGCAUUCUGUUUGGAGGUUUUCCAGGUUGCAUCCUUAGAGAAAGAAGACUCACCUUUAUUUACUCCAGAUGUAGUUCUUCACUGAACUGAUUGUGAAAACUGGCUUCUGGCUUAACAGACCCCUUAUGCUACCAAACACGGGUAUUGCUUAGUUCCUUACCUCAUGGCACUUACCCCAUGUGGUGGAGUGGCUGGUUAUUUUAUUAUCCUUUACCUCCUAGAAAGAAUGAAGCUACUGAGAAACUAAAUUUCUGCUAGCAACAAACAAUCAGAAGUAAUUUGUUUCAUUUAUUAGAAUUUAUUUGGAAGUAUUACCAGAAUAUUCAGGAACACUCAUUACAGGUCUGUUACUACUGUGUCUCUAGACUGGUCUCUUCAUUAGCAUCAAUUGCUUGAGCCUUCCAGUAAUCCACUUUUAAAUAUGCUAAAAAACUGUAUAUGGCUUUUAAGUGGAAGAGUUGGUUUUAGUUUCUUCUCUGCACUUGAUGCAAGGUUUUCCAUCUGACUUUCAGUAGCCUGGUAUAAAGUUGUUCCUGAUUGUGUGUUUUGCUGCUGCCUCUGGGUACACAACAUUUCCGCAGUACUGCCCUGGAUUUAGUUUCCCAUGUUUUAGCAAACACAGCACUGAUUCUGCAGCUGUGUUUUCCACCAUUAUUUACUUUCUGGUGUGUUUUAGGUUUUGGUUGUGUGUCACAACAGCCUCUCAUUGUCCAGGCUGAAUGUAAUUUGAGUUAGUACAUCUACUUGUAGAGGAGCCCUGCUGUGCAGUGCUGAUGGCAAAAUGCCAUUCCUGUCCACUGCAUUUCUCCUAGUUGCAGCUCCACUGGCCUCUUUUAUUUUGCUCUAUGUCUAAAAAAGCUUUGUUGCAUACAAAAAACUAAAGCCGUGGAGGGGGCAGACUGCAAGUGUAGCAUCUGUACUGCGCCUGCAGUGGCAGCUUCAGAAAGCACAAGGGUGCAGAGGCAGGUUCCCCUCAGCCUGUAAUUAUUUCUGCCUGUAAUUAUUUCCAUGCUCUGAGCAGCUUCCCUAGGAGUAGCAGUUGGGCUUAGACUUUGCUCCUUUGAAUUAUUUGUACUACCUUUGGCCAUGUUAGAUCACUGAGCACAAGCACUGAGACACUCACCCAUUCCCAAGUUUUUUAGCACUAGACUGGAAACACCCAUGGUGUUUUCCCUGUAAAAUUAAGGGGUCUUACCCUGCUUCCUUGGAAAACGAAGGCAAAACCCCUUGUGCCUUCACUGGGAGCAUGAUUGGACCAAGUAGUAGAAUCCGAACACCAUUUUGUACUGUAACAAAAACAGUCACUUCAGCCCACCCUUCAUGCUGUUUGUCUUAAAUGUCCAAUAAAUUAAAAUCUGUAUUGUAUGUAGGAAUGAGUCAUGUUUGUUGCUGCUCCCUAAACAGCCAUUCCCCAGGAUGAGUAUUGCAUACACUGUAAAAAAUCAAGCUGUGAUUCUGCCUUCUUAUAAACUCUUUUGAGUAUUUUCCUUUAGUCAAAAAUAUCUAUGCAGAUAUUUUAAAUAGAAGCUUGAUAUAUUAAAUAUAUAUUUUUUUAGUUUUGCUGAUUUGGGUUGGGCUGGGCAUUGUAUGAAAACACUGGAGGGAGAGGAGUUCAAAUGACACUGAGCCAGCCCUGCUACCCAACUCUGUAUUCCCUUAAAAACAUCUUCUGAGGGGAGAAGGAAAAUAAUAAGGAUAGCUAGGAGAAAGCAAAUGAAUGAUUUUUCCUUUUCAUUCCUUUUAAGUUAAAAAUGCAUCUUUAUUUCUUAUCAUCAUUAUGCAGGCUGAGUAUUCUUUUCUUCUCUUUUAUAUACAUAUACACAUGCAUAUAUAUAUACAUAUAUAUAUAUUUGAAGUGCUGUCUUAAUGAAUUGUAGUUGUAAAUAAGAUAACUGGGUAGUAGCUGUUUGGGGAGUCCUCUUCAGCUUUAGUAAUUUAUUGACUAUUGGGAGUCAAACAUGCAAAAUCCUUUUUUGGGAAACUCCACAUCUGAUUUCUUGUUCUGUUUUGCAGCUGGACUUGUAAAUACAAAAAACCUAAUUUAAUGUCCAAUUUAAACUGGGCAGUUGCCAGCUCUCCCCAUAUUGUAGAUUAGUGUGUGUCUGUAUUAAUUGUAGUGGAGUUUUGUCUGACAAGCCUGAAAUUUAUACUUUGAAAUAAACUUUUGGGUUUUUAACA